GCACCAUGUCGGACACAACGGAGGAGCAGCUGCCGCUGUAUCUAACGCCGCAGUUCUUUAAGCGCACUCUCGAGCACGGCCUGCAGCAGCAGGAUCUAAAGGUGCUCGAAGUUCAACUGACGAAUCUGACGCGUGGCGGCGAGAACUAUUGCAGCAACAUUUACAGGGCCAACAUUCAGUAUCGGAAUGCGGAGGGCAGACAUGUGGAGACAUCGCUGAUUGUCAAAUCCAUGCCGGACGAGAAGCAGGCCAUUCUGGCCAGGCUGCACAUCUACAACAAGGAGAGCAUCUUCUAUAUGCACAUCAAGCCAAAGUUGGAGACGCUCAUGUGGGGCAAAAACGAUGCCACAGAGCCCUGGACAUUGGGUGCCAGACACUACUACUCCACAACGCAGCCCGAGCAGACCAUUAUCUUUGAGGACCUCUGCUGCGAGGGAUAUCAAUUGAAAUGCCGUCAACUCGGUCUGGACAUGGAACAUGCGACGCUUUUGAUGCGAAAACUGGCCGAAUAUCAUGCCCUAACCAUGGUAAUGGCCGAGCACGAGCCAGAGAUCAUCAUCGAUCGCUAUCCCUUUGGACUGCUGCACAUGGAUGCCAUCAAAUCGGAGCCCUUCAAGCUGCUCUUUGGCACACAGCUCCUGAAACUGGCAGCUCUGGUGGGCGAUAGCGAGGGUUUUGGUGCAAUAACCUCGAAACUUUAUCGCUACCACGAGCAUUUCACAGAGCGUAUCCUAAAGGCGGUGUAUCCAUUGAGGGGAAAUCUGAACGUACUCAACCAUGGCGAUCUGUGGGUGAACAAUAUAUUCUUUAAGUACAAUCAGGACUACAAAGUGGAGCAGGUGAAGAUUAUCGACUUUCAGCUGUGUUUCUAUGGCAGCCUGGGCUUUGACAUCAACUAUUUCCUGAACACCAGCCUGGAGCUGGAUGUGCUACGUAGCCAGCGUCAGCGUCUCAUUGACAUCUACUACGAGGCAUUGGUGGCGUGUCUGGAGCAGUUGCCUUGGUCCAAGCCACUGCCCACAUAUGAUGCCGUUAUGGCGGAGAUAAAGGCACGCGAGGCUUACGGCUUCUUUGUGGCCUUUGGCUUCUUUCCGCUGAUGAGCAUGAUUGGUGUCGAUUCGGAGGAUAACUCAUUGAAGAACUUUCACGACGAGACCUUUGCCCGCCAGAAGGUGCAGCUGAUGUUCGAGGGAAAUGCACGCACCCUGGAGAGCCUAAAGUGUACGCUGAAGCGUCUGGAUGAGAUGCAUCUGUUCGAGUGAGCGUUCGUAAAUUGUUUAUAAAAUAUAUUAUACUGCCGCCACCCUUCGGAAAUUGAAUAAAGCAUUCCGACAGACACGACUUGAUUGCCAUCCCUCCCCCUCCAUUCCCAUUGGAAGUUUUGCUGUCGCUUGACGCUUUAACUAAAUUUGUAUGUUAUAUACGAGAUCAUGUAGGAAUUAAAAGCAAAUAUCACUAGCGAAAAUAACGUGUUGGCAGCCCCCACAUUAGCCCCACAUUGCAUGCAGAUAAUGGCAAUAAAUUGAUAAGAUAAAUACACGA